UGCAGGUAGCAAAUUUGUGAUGGAAAUUUAUGUUGGUAUGGUGGGUUUAUAUAGAUGGUACCACGGCCAAAUCCGACUUAAAAAAGGAUUUACGCUUUUAAAUCCAAAUUGGAGUUGGAAAAGGAGAAGUAACAACUAAUUACAGGUGUAACGUCUUUUUGUCUGCGUUUCUGUAAUUAGAAGGAAAAUUAAAAAUAAUAUAUAGAUUAAUAGUAAUAAUUUGAGGUUUUCCCAUUUCGUUUAGUUUUUUCGCGUGACAACUCAAUCCCCUCUUUCUCUCUCUUCCUGCGCGGCAUCACGUUUGAUUCCUUAUUUUUAUUCUCUCUCUGCGGUCCACCUAGUUUUGGGUUUCAGAAGAAAAGGUUAAGCAUGGGCGAGGCACAAAACAAUAUCGACAUGGACGAAGGAACCCUGGAGGUUGGAAUGGAAUAUAGAACUGUCUCGGGUGUUGCUGGACCACUUGUUAUCCUUGACAAAGUUAAGGGACCCAAGUACCAGGAGAUUGUUAAUAUUCGUUUGGGAGAUGGAACAACUCGACGUGGGCAAGUUCUAGAAGUUGAUGGGGAAAAAGCAGUUGUUCAGGUUUUUGAAGGAACAUCUGGAAUUGACAACAAAUACACGACUGUGCAGUUUACGGGGGAGGUUUUAAAGACACCAGUCUCACUCGAUAUGCUUGGACGCAUCUUUAAUGGUUCUGGAAAGCCUAUUGACAAUGGUCCUCCUAUUUUACCUGAGGCCUACAGGGAUAUUUCUGGGAGUUCUAUCAACCCAAGUGAGAGAACAUAUCCUGAAGAGAUGAUACAGACCGGAAUUUCAACAAUUGACGUCAUGAAUUCAAUUGCUAGGGGGCAGAAAAUUCCUCUUUUCUCUGCUGCCGGUCUCCCUCAUAAUGAAAUUGCUGCCCAAAUCUGUCGGCAGGCUGGUCUAGUGAAGAGGUUGGAGAAGUCUGAAAAUCUUCUUGAGAAAAGUGAAGAUGACAAUUUUGCCAUAGUCUUUGCUGCUAUGGGAGUGAACAUGGAAACCGCACAAUUUUUCAAACGAGAUUUUGAGGAAAAUGGAUCCAUGGAGAGAGUGACACUUUUCUUAAACCUGGCAAAUGAUCCUACAAUAGAACGUAUUAUUACUCCCAGAAUUGCUCUGACAACUGCAGAAUAUUUAGCAUACGAAUGCGGGAAGCAUGUGCUUGUCAUUUUAACUGAUAUGAGUUCAUAUGCUGAUGCUCUCCGUGAGGUAUCUGCUGCCCGAGAAGAAGUGCCUGGAAGGCGUGGAUAUCCUGGUUAUAUGUAUACUGAUCUGGCAACAAUCUAUGAACGAGCUGGGCGUAUCGAGGGAAGGACGGGCUCCAUCACGCAAAUUCCAAUUCUGACCAUGCCAAAUGAUGAUAUUACACACCCAACUCCAGAUCUUACAGGUUAUAUCACAGAAGGACAAAUAUAUAUAGACCGACAGCUUCAUAACCGGCAGAUAUACCCUCCAAUUAAUGUGCUUCCGUCCUUAUCUCGGUUGAUGAAGAGUGCCAUUGGUGAGGGUAUGACCAGGAGGGAUCAUUCUGAUGUAUCCAACCAGUUGUAUGCAAAUUAUGCAAUUGGAAAGGAUGUCCAAGCAAUGAAAGCUGUGGUUGGAGAAGAAGCACUUUCUUCUGAGGACCUGCUUUACUUAGAGUUCCUUGACAAAUUCGAGAGGAAGUUUGUUGCUCAAGGAGCUUAUGACACCCGCAAUAUAUUCCAGUCGCUUGACUUAGCUUGGACACUUCUUCGCAUCUUCCCUCGUGAGCUUCUUCAUCGUAUCCCAGCGAAGACCUUGGAUCAGUAUUACAGCCGUGAUGCAUCUAAUUGACGGGAAGGAACUGGCUUUAUACUUUAGUCUCUUGUACAAUUACCUUGGUGCGAGCUUGACGAUACGUUGGAUCACAAGCUUUUCCUCUUUGUGCUUCUCCUUUCAGCUAAAUAAUAAAAAUGGAGUAUAUUUAAUGAGUUCCCAAAACAAAAGGCUUUACAGCAUUUGGAAGACAAUGAUAUUCCUCUCAGAACCAGUUAUAUCGUGUAAUUUAUUAUCUGUUUUAUUAAGAGGACAUGCUGCCGAGUGCCGUGUAUUGGUUUUGUUUAAAGUUCAGCAAUAUUAGGGGCUACUAGGAAUUAUAAAGCCCUUUUUAUGUA